AGUCUACAGAAGUAUGUUAGUACGGCAACGUGUUAGUAUAGAAAUAAAAGCAGUGAGAGAAUACCCAUUCUACCAUGUCAAUAGAUACGGGAAGUUGAGAGACGAAAGAAUGUGUCAGAGUCAACAUCUUUCGCGACUCUGAGGGAUAGCGAGAAGAUGUGGUGAAAAUGGCUCCUUUUCUGCUGCAAAGAUAUCGAGAGAUAGAUGCGCCGUCUUAUCGAUCUGCCUAAGACUACUUGGAAAUGCUUCUUUUGAGGGAAAAUAUAAUCUUCAAAUGGACGGAACAGGCGCAGGCCGACCUAGAGCCUUAUGAGAUCGGAAUACUGCUAUGCGAGACACCAUGACUGGCUUGUAGUAAACAAUAUCGAAAUGAUCUCGAAGCCGUGUUCGAUGCGAAAUGUGACUUCAAACGUAUGCUGGACCCCUGUAUCUCACCAUCGCCGUCAAAGCUGCGGAGCUAAAACGCGGAGCUAACGAAAGCGGAGCAGGAAAUAAGGAGGCUGUAGCAACAACGCUGAGCGCAGCUAAAGGAAACUUUCACAACGGCCGCGAAGAAGUUCAUCAAUAUCAACCCUUUUUGAGCUGAGACUUUGCUUGGGUGAGGCAACUUGCAGAUUCGGAAGUACGUAGGUUGGAGCAAGAGAAAUUUAUAACGAAUACAAUCAUCAUGGCAUACCGAAACGUAACGAUGUUUCAAUUAGGUGCAUAUCUGGAUUAAGGGAGCUCUCGUAGGUCCAAUCCGAAUCGACUAGCGUCGCCAUAUCUGGACUAGGACUGAACUACUGGAGUCGAAAACUGACACAUCCUCGAAGUAUCUACUUCUUACUUAAUCGUCUACCCAACCCCAAGCGAGAAAUUGACGUCCAGCAUCCCCACUCUUCACAAUGAACUGGUUUACAUAAAUGGCUUGCAGUCACUUGACUCAUUUGGACAGAUUGGUACCCGUAGUGGGAAGCAGCAAAAACUAAUAUAUUCGAAGUACUAGCCCUGCGCAGGCAAACGCCC